AUGGCACAACCGAGUACUCCACUUGCAGUCGUGGGAUCGAAGUACUGCAUAUCGGAGUUCCCAGUGGACCUCGUGAUUGUGAGAAAGGCCGAGGCUUUGACAGCCGGAAACCUCAUUGUCACCGACAUAUUAGAGAAUGUUAUGUUCAAAUUAGAAGUCCAAUGGUCUCUUCACGACCGUAGGAUCCUUCUUGAUCCUGCAGGAAAUCCCGUUGUUACUCUAAGACAAAAGAUAAGAACAUUGCAUGGAAGAUGGCAAGUUUUCAGGGGAGACAGCCACGACGAGAAAGACCUUCUCUUCACAGCUAAAACGAGCUCGUGGGCUCAAUUCAAGACAAAGAUGGCCGUGUUCUUGACAAACAACAUGAAACAAGAAGUCCCGGAUUUUAGUUUGGAAGGAAGUUAUUCUGAGAGAUCUUACAUCGUAUACUCUGGAGAUGGACAGUCCAAAUCCAUUCUUGCUCAAAUGCAUAAGAACAUUGGUUCUACAAUGAAGAGCAUAUUGUUGGGGAAAGAUAAUUUCAUUGUGACAGUGUAUCCGAACGUGGACUAUGCAUUUAUAGUGGCACUCAUUGCAAUUCUUGAUAAUAUUAACACAACUGAUGAAAUUAUGCAUGCAUCAACAGCAACUGCAGCAACAUCUUCCUUGCUCUUAUUGAGUUAG